GGUUUGCUGAGUCAGACUGACUUAAGUAGACUUCCUGCAAAAAAAAAAACAAAAAAAAAACAACCUGCAACUAAUGAACACCUGACUGAACUCGGACUGAAGACUUCUCCAGAAAGAAGUUGACAGGAAAAGGUUUUUGGAGAUCAACUGGAACUUGCCUUUUGGUUUAAGGUCAGAUUUCCUGAAGACUGAAGAGCAGUGAGCAGCGGGACACUUGACAGCGUAAAUGAUGCAGAUGCAGAUGGAGAAAAGCGCCCAAAGAAAAGCAGCAGUGGCACUUUGCCUCCUGCUGCUAAUGUUGGCUCAGCAGGUGUGUGCAAGUCCGUUGGCCUCUCAGGUCCAGUCCAGUCCUGACCAGAGUCCAGAUUCACAGGGCGAACAGACCAUCCGAACUCUGAGGAGGAUAGCUCGGAUGACCCCACUGUGGAGGAUCAUGAACAGUAAACCGUUUGGAGCUUACUGCCAGAACAACUACGAAUGCUCCACAGGACUCUGCAGGGCGGGACACUGCUCCACCAGCCACCGUUCCCUCGUAGAACCCGUCAACUACUAGAACCGGACGUCACGACACAAUCAGUGUGUUUACAUGGGUGUACAGCCAUAAGCCUUACGGGGGGGUUCUGAUUAGUAGGGGCCUUUUUUAAAUUUUUGUAUUUAUAUGUGCUAAAAUGUUGCUGGUGUCUAAAUAUACAUAUGAAUUUACAUAGCAGGUCCAAGAAAAGGUGUGUUAGGGGGGUAAUCACUGCUCCACCUGAUAGAUUUCAAAAGGCAAGAAAAAGGGGAGGUAUCACUAGAAUAUAAAAGAUAAUAGGAGGUUGGUUAAGGCAACGGGUAAAGUGCAAAAGUGGAAAAGGAGAGUCAUUUAGUCUUUCAUACUUGAUAUUUUCUAUGAUCUGCAGGUUUUUUCGUAAAUCGUAAAAAUGCUUAAAAUUUUCCAGUGCUGUUGAUCAAAAACCGUCCAGUCAUUGUAGGAGAGCUCCGAGUUUGUGAUUCAAGGUGAAAAACAGGAAAGAAAAGGAAAAGAAACAUUUUUAAUCUUGCAGCAGACUGCAGCCUUGAACUUAAACCCACAUAAGGUAUCAUUGAGUCUAAUGUCUGCAUUGCUUGAUCAUGUUUUAUAGACGAUACCCCGCUGUUUCGCUAAAGUCGUAUGACAUUUUUUACAAGAUUUAUUCCUAAAAAUUUAGCAACUUUUGUGCAUAAAGCUGCAGAUAUUAUACCAUUAGAUUCUUGAGGCUUGUUAUCUGUUGGUUAUUUUUGUCACAGAUAACAAUUGAGCACACAGGGAAGAGUCUGUGUCUCCUAAAGAGCUCCUGACCUUCGCAUUUUUCUUGACUUCGUCAUCACUGUCUCGUGUCAUUCGUGAUAAGCUAUCAUUUCACUGUGAGCUCAGUAAGUCUAAUCAUUCCACUGAUAAUGUGCAGCAUGGAAACACAUAGGCUUCCCCUUCACAUGUGUGUUUAAUGAGCCACUGUGACGUAGGAUAGAUACAGUGAUGGUAAUUGUCGUGUCUUUUUCCAAUUCUGGCAACAAUUAUAGCACUAAAUUUGUUAUCUUAAACCCAAAAUUGUGUCUAAGAUCUCGAGAAAUGAUGAAAAAGGGGUUCAAAGAGGGGAAACAGUCGGGGUUUUGAAACUGAGAAAUAGAUGGGGAAAAAAUGAAACAUAGAAAAGGAGCAAAGGUUACAAAAUAUUGAUGCAAUGCUCGAGUCCCCCCAAACAUUUUCAUAUCUUCAUGUUGUGUUUUUUUUCAUUUUUUUAAACAUAUAUUUAAAGUUAAAAAGAAAUGUAAUUUUAGUUCAGAUUUUCAGCAUUAUUGAAAUACAAACACAUAUUUUAUAAAUACAGUAGAAUAAAUGAAAAAUACAGUAAACAUUAUCCACAAUUACUGUAAUGCAUGCAUGUUAAUUUUCAUGUAAUGUACACCUACAAUGAUUCUUGGAUAUUUUAUUUAUUCUAUCCAUUGUUUAAAUGUCCGAAAUGUACCCAUUUGCAUCAUUUUAUUUUGUUUUUUUUAACAAUUUGUUUAUGAUAUUUUCAUGGUUUGUUUUAGAAUAAUCAAUCUUUCAAACUGGAUUUUUUCAGCUUAUCCAGUGGGAUUUUUUUAGAUAUCUACUUGCUCAGGCAAUCUAUAUUUGUAACCAAUAACAGAAAUUUGGUAAUCACAAAAUAUAUCUUGGCUGAGUGCACAAAUAUUAGGAAUAGACUCCUAAAUUUCUUCACUAUUUUGCACAAUUAUCUCAUGAAAUGGGAUCACAGACUUGGCCUGCACAGUUUACUUCAUGCACAGAGCAGGUGUUUGCUGAUAUUUUGUGCACUCAGCAUGUUAGAGAAAUGUUUGAGUAGGAUUGCACUUUCAAACCCAAAUUAUCUUUGUACUGUGUCUACUGUCUACUGUAUGUACUGCAUUACCUACAUGUAGAGGGCUGGAGAAAAAGUGGAAUAAAGCAUCAGAAAAAAGUCGA